AUCAUCAUCAUCCAGCUGAAACCAUCGGCCCAUCGCUCGCCGGCCACAGCAUAAAUUCUCCUCGCACACGCACAUACGGAUUCAGUCGAUCGAUAGAUAUACGUGAUGGAGAAUGAGAGGAACAACCAGGCUCCACCCCUACCCCCAGGCUACUACCCAUCCGCGGCUGCGGAGCAACGUCAAGGCGGUGGCGGCGGCGGGAAGAAGUCGCGCCGGGGGAGCACCACCACCAGCAGGGGCGACAAGGGAUUCAUCCAAGGAUGCCUGGCGGCGCUGUGCUGCUGCUGGAUCUGCGAGAUGUGCUGCGACUAACCGCCCAAGACGUUGGUGCUACCGUGCUAGUACCUUUGAAGAGCAUACACAAUUACACAUACAGAGAGGAGAGUCGUUGCUUAAUUACAGCGUUUGUUUGUUAUUUUAGGUUUUGCGCGAGUAACCGAGAACGCGUGCGUUCGUGUGUGAUGUCCAUGUACCGUGCGCGCCACACCCAUAGUCAACUUUAAGGCGCCAAAUUAUCGGGCUACUGUUGAAGAUCCUCUAAUUAAUGAUAACAUCUGCUGUGCAAAAAUGAGAGCUUUCAUUUGCAGAGGGAGAAGUCGUGAAGGCGUAAUCAGCAGUCACUUGUGCAGAGGUAGUAGUGGUAGUGGUAUCGAGAGUUAGGUCCAUCGAUCGGUAAUCUAGUUGUGUGCAUCAUAAAGAUGCAGAUCGAGUGGGGUUAUCCUCCUCUAAAAAAGGGUUAUCUCUGAUUGCUCGUUUGGCAGCAAGAGAGAGCAUGUGUAGACAGCCCGAACUAAAUUUGUAAUUCUUCCCGGAAUUUUGCCAUGAAUAAAUGGGAACGGCUUUGUCUCGCUUCAUGCGAGACCGAAGGAGGUCUCGCCGUAAGGGCACCCUCCUGUCGCUACAAUUGGG